UUUGUUUUGAAAUGCUUAUAAAAGGGAAUGAUAAUAUAAAUUUGGUUAGAUUUUUGGAUUUGGAAAAUCUGCCUAUGACCCCUAUUUAAAUAAAUUUGUUGUUAUUUAAAAAUUAAAAAUUGUAUAGGGGGCAUAUGGCCGUGAGGGGGUUGAGAUAUGAAUGAAGGUGAAGUCAUCGGUGGGAGAAGUAGCCGGCAUCCACGUUAAUACAAAUAAGAAUUGCUGAUAGUAAAGGUUUCAGUCGUUGUUAAUUGCCAAGGAUGAAACUACUUUUUAGCUUUGCCUUAUUGCCACCGCUCCUGGCCGCAAUCGAUCUCAUCCCACACCUCCCUCCAAAUCCAGUUGUUUCAGAGCUUAUUACAUUGGUCGCGACGGGUUUAAUCCCAAUUUUAAGCACACCGACAGUUCCUGACAAUAACGCCCAUGUUCCAGAAGAUUUUGCCCUUACGGGAAAUCUAAUUAAACAGAAUGAGUACGGCUAUGAGCAGCAUAAAGUCGUCACCGAAGACGGCUACGUUCUUAGCCUACACAGAAUACUUCCGCCCAAUGGUGCAGACCCUGGCAAGAGAAUGCCAGUUUUUCUACAGCAUGGGGUUUUGGCUUCGUCGGAUUCAUGGCUUGUAGCGCCAAAGUCAAAUUUACCUUUCUUACUCGUUGAUCACGGUUAUGAUGUUUGGCUUGGCGACCAACGUGGGAGUGCUUACUCUAAGGGUCAUGUGAGAUAUUCAGUUAAAGAUUCUGAAUAUUGGAAUUUCUCUUUUCACGAAAGCGGAAUGUUUGACAUAUCAGCUUUUAUAGACCGUGUGUUAAACGUAACUGGUAAACCUCAAUUGUUUUACAUUGGCCAUUCGAUGGGAACAACGGUUUUAGUUACAAUGGCGUCUAUGAGACCCGAGUACAAUGAUAAGAUGAAAGCUGCUGUACUUCUUGCUCCUAUUGCAACUGCUCCCACACUUUCAGAGCUAAAUCGGACCUCUCUACAGCUAGCUAUACGAUACAUUGAUGCCAUAAAGGAAUCCUAUGACAGGGACCAUAAAUAUGAAUUUUUACCAAGAAAUGGAGAACUAAUUAAAGGUAUUAGAAAGUAUUGUGUACCUGGCUCUCCUGUACUAAACUUCUGUUUGGAUGUGAUCGGAUUACUAUAUGGUGAACAUAGGUCGAAUUUUGAUAAAAAUACAAUAGGCAAAUCUGCAAGUUACCUACCAACAGGUACUUCUAUUAAAACUAUGGACCACCUUGCACAUCUCUAUAAAUCAGGUUUCAGGCUUUACGACUAUGGAAAGCUGAAAAAUUUGGAAAUUUAUGGCUCAGAUAAACCUCCAUUUUAUCCGUUGGAGAGGGUAACAGCUCCAAUUGCACUUUACUAUGGGGACAAUGACACUUUAAUGAACGGAAGGUCUGCCGCUGAACUCGCAAGCAUGUUGCCAAACCUAAUAAUAAAUAAGAUGAUAGCUGAUCCGAAAUUUACCCAUAUGGACUUUCUAUUUGGCAUAAAUGCAAAAGAAAUGGUGUAUGAUGAUGUCAUUAAUAUGCUGGAAUCGAUCCAAUAGGCAUUACAUUACCAUAAAAUUGCUAAUUAUUUUCUGGUCUUGAAUCGAAAGUUUAGACUUAUCAAUUCCAAAUAUUUUCUUAAUCUGUGUGGUAAUUUUAAUGUUAUA